CACCGGGUAUCAGGGCAGUGGCAGGCUGUGGAGUGGGAGGCGGAGGGCCGAGGCUCUCUCCUGCACUCCUUCUGGGCUGCUUGGGCGGCGGGGUCUCGGGUCCCUGUCGCGUGGCUGCCGCUCUGAAUAUUUUCUUGGCGACCUGGCACUUCCUAGGUGUUUUGAGGCGGGGAGGGCGUUUAAAUCUUCCGCAGCGCUUGGAGGCUUUCCCGGGCGCCUUUCCAAACCUUCCUCUUCCCGAGGGAGCUGCGGAGAGCCGGGUGGGCGCGAGUGUCGCCCUCUCAGGCCUCGAAGUUAGGGGACCGGGUUUCCUCUUCCUCCUCCCCCGCCCGGCCUGCGCCCCGCCAACAUUCCCACAGCUUUGAGAAGCGGACUAGUAAACUCUCAGGUUGUGUGUUAGGAAGGUAUCCCGGAAAUGCAUGAGUGCAGAUGACUCCUGGUCUUUUAUUCUCUCCGAAUGCGUUAAGCGUUGUGAGUACGAACUCAGCUUUAGAGAUCUGCCCUGCGGGAUUCUAGCCUUACUAUUGACGUUACCUAUCGUGUUCUUGGCGAUGUUUUCCUGAAACUUAAGUUUCUGUGAAAUCUAAGUAGUGUAAAAGUUUUCCCCGUUCGUUGUGGCAUAGGAAAGCAGAAAAAUAAUCUCUAGUUCCUUAUGUCUAGAUGUUUAAAAUGUGCCCUCUUUUUGCACAAACCUUUGGAUAUUUUUCUCUUUCACAGAUUUAAUUAAUUGCCUAGCUACCACUGAUGAAGAUGUGUUGGAGUAACUGCUGAAACUGCAUUUUAUUGAUCAGAGAUCGUCUGUUUGUUGCACUUAUUUUUGCUUUCCCUACCUCUUUGAGCUUUACUGUAAUGGCUGAGAAACUUGGAAAAUAAAAUGAACGUGCUGUGGUCUUGAAUAUAAUUUUUUGAGAAAAAAAUUAAAGUGCCAGAGUGAAAGCCAGAAUGGCAUCCAGAGAAAGGCUCUUUGAACUUUGGAUGCUUUAUUGUACCAAGAAAGAUCCUGAUUACCUGAAGCUGUGGUUGGACAGUUUUGUUUCUAGCUAUGAGCAGUUCUUAGAUGUUGAUUUUGAAAAACUGCCUACCAGGGUAGAUGAUAUGCCUCCAGGAAUAUCUCUACUUCCUGAUAAUAUUCUGCAAGUUCUGAGGAUCCAGCUGUUACAAUGUGUUCAGAAAAUGGCAGAUGGAUUGGAGGAACAACAACAAGCUUUGUCAGUUUUGCUUGUCAAGUUCUUCAUUAUUCUUUGCAGAAAUUUAUCAAAUGUGGAAGAAAUUGGAACAUGCUCAUAUAUUAAUCAUGUCAUCACUAUGACAACACUCUAUAUUCAGCAAUUAAAAAGUAAGAAAAAAGAGAAGGAAAUGGUGGAUCAGACAGCUGUUGAAGAAUUUGUGAUCCAUGCACUGGCAUUUUGUGAAAGUUUAUAUGAUCCAUAUAGGAAUUGGAGACAUACAAAUUCAGGACACAUCCUUAGUUCUGUGGAAAAGAGCAGACAGAAAUAUAAACCAGCUUCUCUCACUGUGGAAUUUGUUCCUUUCUUUUAUCAAUGUUUUCAGGAAAGUGAACAUCUCAAGGAAAGUCUUAAGUGUUGCUUAUUGCAUCUCUUUGGAGCCAUUGUAGCCGGUGGGCAGAGGAAUGCUUUGCAGGCAAUUUCUCCAGCCACCAUGGAAGUUCUUAUGAGAGUUUUGGCCGAUUGUGAUUCCUGGGAGGAUGGAGAUCUUAAAGAAGUGGGUAGGAAAGUAGAAUUAACGCUGAAGUGCCUUACAGAAGUGGUACAUAUCCUUCUCACUAGCAGUUCUGACCAGCGACAAGUGGAAACCAGUACUAUUCUGGAGAACUAUUUUAAACUGCUCAAUUCAGAUCAUUCAGCUUUAUCUAUUCAAAGGAGGUCCAGAUUGUGGGAAAGCCGGUUCAUAGCUCUGCAGAUCAAAAUGCUAAAUACCAUCACAGCCAUGUUAGAUUGCACAGAUAGGCCUGUUCUUCAGGCCAUUUUUCUUAACAGUAAUUGCUUCGAACAUCUCAUACGACUGCUACAGAACUGCAAGGUGUUUCAGGGACAGUUGGACUGUUUGGCUGUAUCAACUAUUCAAGCUUUGACUGCAGUAAUGAACAAAUCUCCAGCUGCUAAGGAGGUAUUUAAAGAAAGAAUUGGUUACACACAUAUGUUUGAAGUGUUAAAGUCUCUAGGUCAGCCGCCUCUAGAACUACUGAAAGAACUCAUGAAUAUGGCUGUAGAGGGUGACCACACUUCAGUUGGGAUUUUGGGCAUUAGUAAUGUCCAGCCUCUUUUGCUUCUUAUCCAGUGGCUUCCAGAGCUAGAAUCCCAUGACCUGCAAAUCUUCAUCUCUGAUUGGCUAAAAAGAAUUUGUUGUAUUAAUAGACAGAGUCGAACUACUUGUGUGAAUGCAAACAUGGGAAUGAAAAUCAUUGAAACCCUUGAUUCCCAUUCUUCCCUCCAUCGAACUUGUGCUGAAAAUUUGAUUGCAAUUCAUGGUUCUUUGGGGAGUCAGUCAGUGAGCUCAGAAGAAGUCCGUCGACUACUAAGGUUGCUAAGAGUAGAUGAAUAUAAGGUUAUUCACCCUUAUACCCCUCCUGUGACUCGAGCAAUCCUGACAAUGGCCCGAAAACUAUGUCUUGAGAGUGCACUGCAGUAUUUUAAUUUAUCACAUAGUAUGUCAGGAAUUUCUGUGCCUUCCAUACAGAAAUGGCCAGGGUCUGCUUUUUCUUUCAGUGCUUGGUUUUGCUUAGAUCAGGAUCAGUUGACUCUUGGCAUUGCUAGCAAAGGAGGAAAAAGAAAACAAUUGUACAGCUUUUUUACAGGAAGUGGCAUGGGUUUUGAAGCUUUUAUUACCCAUUCAGGUAUGUUGGUUGUGGCAGUGUGCACAAAAAGAGAAUAUGCAACGGUUAUGCUUCCUGACCACAGUUUUUGCGAUUCCCUCUGGCACAACAUAACCAUUGUUCACAUUCCUGGAAAAAGGCCCUUUGGUCAGAGUCUUGUCUGCAUCUAUGACAAUGGACAACAAAAGGUUUCUGCCCCGCUCCGAUUUCCUGCCAUGAAUGAACCUUUCACUUCCUGUUGCAUUGGUUCUGCUGGGCAGAGAACCACCACUCCCCCACCAUCCCAGAUCCCAGAUCCUCCUUUCUCUUCUCCCAUUUCCCCUCAUUGGACAUCAUUUGGUGGGAUUCUGUCAUCAGCCUCCUGGGGAGGAACGACUGAAAAAUCAAAAUCAGUUACUAAAUUGAUAUCAGCUGGAACCCAAGACAGUGAGUGGGGAUGCCCCACGUCCCUGGAGGGUCAGCUGGGGUCUGUUAUUAUCUUCUGUGAAGCACUGCAGCCUCCUCAAGUGAAAGUAUUGUACUUAGCAGGUCCAAAUUGUUUAAGCCCUUGGAAAUGUCAAGAGUCUGACAUGGCCGACCUGCCUGGUAAUGUCCUUCUUCACUACACAGCAAAGGCCUGCAAAAAUUCAAUCUGCCUUGAUUUAUCUACUAAUCGUUUGCAUGGAAGAUUAACAGGAAACAAAGUAGUGAACUGGGACAUUAAGGACAUCAUCAACUGCAUAGGUGGAUUGAAUGUACUCUUUCCUUUACUGGAGCAAAUCAGCCACUUGAGUGAAGAAGGGCAGAUUGCCGAAGGAAGGUGUGAAAGCACAGUUUCUGAAUCAGUUGGUCCUGUAGAGGGAGAUAGCGUCAUGCUGACCUCCUCAAAGGCAUCAGAGUCAAGACUAGAGAAAAAUCUAGUGGCUACAUUUAUCUUGAUUAUGAAACAUCUUAUUCAGAGACACCCUAUCAACCAGGACAACCUUAUUCACUCUCAUGGAGUUGCAACUCUUGGUGCCUUACUUCAGAAGGUACCAGGCCCCUUAAUGGAUGUUAAUGUACUGAUGGCAGUUCAACUACUAAUUGAGCAGGUAUCCUUGGAGAAAAAUAUGCUGCUCCUGCAACAAAUGUACCAAUAUUUACUUUUUGACUUCCGGGUUUGGAAUCGUGGAGAUUUUCCCUUCCGAAUUGGUCAUAUACAGUAUCUUUCGACAAUCAUUAAAGAUAGUAGGAGAGUUUUCCGAAAGAAGUAUGGUGUGCAGUUUCUCCUAGAUACACUUAGGAUUUAUUAUGGGAGUGGUUGUAAAUAUAAUGAGCUAUCUCUAGAUGAUAUCCGAACAAUAAGGAGUUCUUUGUAUGGAUUAAUUAAAUAUUUUCUGUGCAAAGGUGGAACUCAUGACGAGAUACAAAGUAUUAUGGGUUACAUAGCUGCUACAAAUGAAGAAGAGCAACUCUUUGGAAUUUUGGAUGUACUCUGCAGUCUUCUACGUACCAGCCCAACUAGAGGCCAACUUUUCUUACUGCUGUUUGAACCAGGAAAUGCUGACAUCCUUUAUGCCUUGCUCUUAAAUCAGAAGUACUCUGAUAAACUAAGGGAAAUUGUUUUUAAGGUUAUGGAACUGAUGUUGAAAUGCACAAAUGUUUACGAACGUAGUAAACACCGUAUUCAACUCAGAGAAGUUGGCUACUCAGGAUUGGGACUCCUCCUUAAUGAAGCAUCCAUUAACACCUCUCUCAUUAAAAACCUUACCAAUCAGAUCAUAAACACAGACCCUGUUAAUUUCAAAGAUCUGUUAUCUGUGGUAUAUAUAUCUCACAGAACACAUGUAAACGUCAGAGUGGUCCUCUGCAGAAAGAUUUUACAGAUUUUGCAGUCCCAGCCAGAUGCAGCACAUCAAAUAUCACAACAAGUGGGUUGGCAAGAUACCUUAGUUAAACUUUUUUUAAAAGUAAAUUUCGAAAAUGGAAAGUCCCUUCAUAAGCACAGUAGAGCUGUUUUAAUGAACGAAAUCAAUAAAAAUACAUCAACUGAAGAUACUAAGAGGAACUCAGAUGAAAAGACAGAUGAUGAAAAAAUCAACUUUAUUUUGUCAGCUAGUGUGUCUUCGGAUCAGUGGAGUUUGGAGGAUAGACAGUCUUUAGACUCAAGCACACUACUAAUUCAAGAAGAUACCUCUGUGGGAGAAUUGUGUAAGUCGGAGAAUCAAGAGCUCUGGCAUAGUAACCCUUCACAUUUGAGUUUAGAUCUCAGUGGAGUUGACACUUGUGAACUGAGUGACAGUGGGAACCAAAUGCCAGAUAGCCUGCCUAGCACGCCAUCCUCAAUAGAGUCUAAGUCAUUUUCUGCUCAGUCCGAUAAAGAAUGCAGCACCAGUGAUACGGGCUUUGGUGAUGACUUCUCUUUGCUUGAAAACCAAGAGAGAUGUGAGGAGGAGCUUCUUCAAUUGCUGACAGAUAUUUUAAAUUAUAUAAUGUAUAAGGGACUAGAAAAGUCUGAUAAUGAAUCUUGGAUUGAACGGGGACAAGUGUUUUCAGCACUAACUAAACCUGGAAUAUCCAGUGAGCUACUUAGACCAUCAGAUGAAAUAAAAUUAAUUUUGCUACAGAAGAUGUUAGAAUGGGAACUCACAGAAAGCAGAGAGGCAAAAACGAAUCCAGUAACUGCUGAAAAUGCCUUCCAACUUUUACUGAUCAUACAAGACUUCCUGUAUUCAGAGGGACUAGAUAAUUCAAACAUGUGGACUGAGAAGCUUUUAGAGGAUAUCAUGCUGCUCUUUGAGUGUCUGUCAGUCUGGUGUUCUGAAAGUCCAGUUUGGGUAAAACUUUCUCAAAUUCAGAUCCAGUUGCUUCUGGGAUUCAUUGAAAGCGGCAAUUUGCAGGUUUGUGCAGUGGCAUCAGCCAAGCUAAAUGCCAUUCUUCAGACCAAAGUGAUUGAAAGCCAGGAGGAAGCGUGUUACAUUUUAGGGAAGCUGGAACAUGUUCUCAGUCAAUCAAUCAAAGAACAGACUGAGACCUACUCAUUCCUGAUUCCCCUUGUCCAUACUCUGGUGUCCAAAAUUUAUGAACUUCUCUUCAUGAACUUGCACCUUCCUUCUUUACCUUUUACCAAUGUUAGCUCCUCGUUUUUUGAAGAUUUUCAAGAAUAUUGCAGUUCAAACGAAUGGCAAGUUUACAUUGAAAAAUAUAUUGUUCCUUAUAUGAAGCAAUAUGAAACUCAUACAUUUUAUGAUGGUCAUGAAAAUAUGGCACUUUAUUGGAAGAAUUGUUAUGAAGCCUUAAUGGUGAAUAUGCAUAAACGAGACAGGGAAGGAGGAGAAAGCAAGCUCAAAUUUCAGGAGUUUUUUGUGGAGCCAUUUAAUCGAAAAGCACGCCAAGAGAACUUGAGAUAUAAUAAUAUGCUUAAACAACUUAGCAGUCAACGAUUAGCUGCUCUUAGACUCUGGAAGGCAGUACAACUCUACCUUACAUGUGAAAGGGGACCUUGGGCUGAAAGGAAACAGAAUCCAAUUCACUGGAAAUUAGCUAAUGUAGAAAAUCAUUCCCGCAUGAGACUUAAACUGGUACCAAACUAUAAUUUCAAAACCCAUGAAGAAGCUAGUGCCUUGAGAGAUAAUUUAGGUGUCCAGCAAUCACAACCUUCCAGUGAUUCAUUGCUUUUGGAAGUAGCAAAACAAGUGAAGGUUAGUGACAUGGAGGAGGAUAAAUUGGAACUUUUUGAAGAGGACAUAACAGCCAGAGUAAAUACUGAUGAGAAAGAAGAACAGGAUCAUAAAGAAAAACUGGUAUUGACAGAAGACUGUGAACUUAUCACAGUAAUUGAUGUAAUUCCUGGCAAAUUAGAAAUCACUACUCAAUACAUAUACUUCUAUGAUGGCAGCAUUGAAAAAGAAGAUGGUGUAGGCUUUGAUUUCAAGUGGCCUCAUUCUCAAAUUCGAGAGAUUCACUUACGGCGUUACAACUUAAGGAGAUCAGCCCUUGAGAUUUUUCAUGUUGACCAGUCCAACUACUUUCUCAAUUUCAAAAAAGAGGUUAGAAACAAAGUAUAUAGCCGACUAUUAUCACUUACUUCUCCAAAUAGUUAUGGAACAAGAUCACCACAGGAGUUAUUUAAAGCAUCUGGAUUGACACAGAAAUGGGUGAACAGAGAGAUAUCAAAUUUUGACUACCUCAUUCAAAUAAAUACAAUGGCAGGACGAACCUAUAAUGACCUUGCACAAUAUCCUGUGUUUCCCUGGAUUUUACAAGAUUAUACCUCGGGAGAGUUGGACCUUAAUAACCCCACUGUAUUUAGAGAUCUUUCCAAACCAAUUGGAGUAGUCAAUGAUAAAAAUGCCAAAAUUAUGCGAGAAAAAUAUGAAAAUUUUGAGGAUCCUAUGGGAACAAUUGAUAAGUUUCAUUAUGGUACUCACUACUCAAAUUCUGCGGGGGUCAUGCACUAUCUUAUCCGUGUAGAACCAUUCACCACCCUUCACAUCCAGCUUCAGAGUGGAAGAUUUGACUGUGCAGAUCGACAGUUCCAUUCCAUUCCUGCUACCUGGCAAGCUCUCAUGGAUAAUCCAUAUGACGUGAAAGAACUUAUUCCUGAAUUCUUCUAUUUCCCAGAGUUUUUGGAAAAUCAAAAUCAAUUUAACUUGGGUCGUCUACAAGUUUCCAAAGAACUAGUAAAUGAUGUCAUUCUCCCCAAGUGGGCCAAAUCAGCUGAAGAUUUCAUCUGUAAACAUAGAAAAGCUCUGGAGUCUGAAUAUGUUUCUGCUCAUCUGCAUGAAUGGAUAGAUCUGAUUUUUGGCUAUAAACAGAGGGGACCAGCUGCAGUGGAAGCACUCAAUGUUUUCUAUUACUGUAGUUAUGAAGGAGCUGUGGAUCUGGAUUCUUUAACAGAUGAAAAGGAACGAAAAGCCUUAGAAGGGAUGAUUAAUAAUUUUGGGCAAACACCUUGUCAACUGCUAAAGGAACCACACCCUCCCAGGUUAAAAGCAGAGGAAGUGAUGCAGAAGCAGAUAAAAACAGAUAUUUCAACCCUAAACCUGUUUCAACACCUCCCUGAACUCAAGUCAUUUUUUAUAGAGGGAAUUAGUGAUGGUAUUCCACUAUUAAAGGCCAUUGUCCCCCAAAAUCAGUCUCGUUCUUUUAUGUCUCAAGGCAGUCCUGAGUUACUGGUAACAGUAAGUAUGAACUAUGUUAUUGGAACCCAUGGAUGGCUGCCUUAUGACAGAAAUAUAUCUAAUUACUUCACCUUCAUCAAGGAUCAAACUGUAACAAAUCCAAAAACUCAGCGUAGUAUGAAUGGUCCUUUUGCUCCAGGGCUGGAACUUACUUCUAAGCUCUUUGUGGUAUCGCAUGAUGCCAAGUUACUCUUCAGUGCUGGACACUGGGAUAAUAGCAUUCAAGUGAUGUCACUUACAAAAGGCAAAAUUAUAUCACACAACAUCAGACAUAUGGAUAUUGUGACUUGCUUAGCUGCAGAUUACUGUGGAUUACAUUUGAUUUCUGGUUCCAGAGAUACUACAUGUAUGAUAUGGCAAAUUACACAACAGGGAGGCGCUCCUGUGGGCUUAGCAUCUAAACCUUUUCAAAUUCUUUAUGGACACACUGAUGAGGUAUUGAGUGUCGCCAUAAGCACUGAACUAGACAUGGCAGUAUCAGGAUCAAGGGAUGGCACUGUGAUUAUAUAUACCAUUAAGAAAGGUCAGUACAUGAGGACUUUACGGCCACCUUGUGAGAGUUCUCUGUUCCUGACCAUUCCCAAUUUGGCUAUAUCUUGGGAAGGGCACAUUGUCAUCUACUCCAGCACUGAAGAAAAGACCACCCUCAAGGAUAAGAAUGCUUUACAUCUGUUUUCAGUAAAUGGCAAGUAUCUGGGGUCUCAAGUCCUGAAGGAACAAAUAUCAGAUAUGUGUAUAAUUGGAGAACACAUUGUCGUGGGCAGUUUACAAGGGUCCCUAUCUAUAAGAGAUCUCCACAGUUUGAAUCUCAGCAUCGCGCCAUUAGACAUGCGGUUGCCUAUCCACUGUGUUUGUGUAACCAAGGAAUACAGCCAUAUUCUAGUAGGUUUAGAAGAUGGCAAGUUGAUUGUAGUAGGUGUUGGCAAGCCAGCUGAGAUGCGUUCAGGUCAGCUUUCUCGAAAAUUGUGGGGAUCUAGCAAGCGACUCAGCCAGAUUUCAGCUGGAGAAACAGAAUAUAACACUCAAGAUUUCAAGUGAUUAUUUCCAUCUUCUGUCAUGGAUAACUGAAACUUGAUGUAUUGUUUUGUCAUUUUAACCACAUCUCUCAGCUCUCCAAAAGGCUGUAAAGCUUUUGUCUCUGAAAAUCCCUUAUGUGAGUUUGCUACAAUUUGGUAUGGUUUAUAUAAGUAUGUAGGGUGUAUUAUGCACUUUUAGCUGUUUAGUGUUACUAAAUCUAUUCUUAUUAAUCAAUCUUUAGUCUAUGCUGAGAUGGAUUUGAGAAACUUGAUUUGAUUUAAUUUAAUUACCCAUUCCUAAAAAUCAUUAGAUCCAUUUAAAAAAUAAAUUUUCAAAAUGAAAUUAUAUUCAAUUCAUCUAGUAGCCAAAGUAGCAAAAUUUAAGGUAUUUCUAGUAAAAGAAUACAGACAGUGGGCUGAGAAAUGUGGCUUUCUACACAUUCUUUAGAUAAUCAUUUUUCUAUUUUCUGACUUCCACAUUAAAAAUUAUUUAUGAAUCUACUGACUGGAGGUAAUAAUUUCUAAUGCAUGUGUUGCAUACUUAUAUUUUCAAAACUCACCAAAAGUUCUAGGAUUGCAUGGUAAGAUUAAAAGAAAAUAUUCAAAGUGGUACAAUGGCUCAUUCUGCAACUAUUUCACAUGCUAUUAAUGAAAAUUUGAGUUGUAUCAUCACAGAAAAUAAAAGUUGAGUAGGAAAAAGAGAAGCUAGAGAUACAUUUUAUAGAUGUGUUUCAUUAUAGUAUAUUUAAGCAAAAAUGCUGUUUGUGAUUUUAUCAGUGGGUAUUUUAAGUAAUAUUAACAGAGUUUACAACUGCAAAAUUCAAAAUUUCUUGGUGUCUUAUUUGAUAAGUAAAUACUCUUUUACUCUGAAAAUUAGAAGAAUUAACUUUACCCAAAUAUAUUAUUUUUUUACCUAGGAUAUCUGUGAUUGAUGGAUUAAUUGAAAAAACGUAUAUAAAUUAAAUAAUCAUUUAAAGUAAUCUUUUAGGUUUAAUUGGUUGGUUAUUUUGAGACAGGGUUUCACCUUGUGAUUCAUCCUGAACUGUGUUCACACUGUAGUUCAGUGUUGGACUGACUGUGUAGCUCAGACUGGCCUUGACAUCUUGGCAAUCCUGCCUCAGUGUCCUGAGUGCUG